AGUGCUUACCCUCCUCCAUCUUCCCAAACGCAUUAUAAAAACCCUAAUUUCAUCUGCCGUUUCCUCAUCAAAUUUCGAUCCAAAAUCUCAAGCAAUUCCUUCACGCAAUCUCUCUCUCUCUCUCUCAACCCACAGCCCCAAAUUCAAGGACGAAAUCAAAUCAUUAAUCUUUGUCUCAGCCUCAUUUGUGACCUUGUGGCCUUGAGACGUAGGUCGUUAUAAUAAAUCAAGAAUUCAAUUCCUUGAAGCUCUGUGCCGUUGUCCAGUCGCUGCAUUGUUUGUAUCACAUUUUGGAGCAUUUGUAAGAGUGGUUGCAUUCUGAUUUCUGUUAGAGACAAGUGGUUGCAUCUGAUUUCUGUUAGAAUCAAGUAAAGAUUCGGUAUUUUUCAGUUGGUAAAGCAGUAGACAUCAGAAGCCCAAGUAGGGAAUUUAUUUAGAGCUUUGCCUUUUGUAAAUCGAACAGUGUUUGCAAGAUGGCUGGUGUGAAACGAAGAUUAGAUACUGAUUCAGAUAUUCGUGCUCUUAAUAAAGAACUGGAUGCCGUUUCAUGCCCUAUCUGCAUGGACCAUCCGCAUAAUGCCGUUCUCCUGCUUUGCAGCUCGCAUGAUAAGGGUUGCAGAUCUUAUAUAUGUGAUACAAGUUACAGGCAUUCAAAUUGUUUGGACCGUUUUAAAAAGAUGAGAGAAAAUACUAGGAACAGUCCAACUCUACCCAGUCCUUUCCCUAUAAACCGUUACGGUCCUCGUAUUUCUGAUCUGAACAUCCCUCUGAGAACAGACUCAAAUGAAGCUAAUGAAAGUGACAACCUGAUUGAAAACAAUUCUGUAUUAUCUGUUAAUUUACCUGGACCUCCACAGCAACAUGUUAUUCAAGAUUUAAAUAGGCCUUUUGAAGCACAACCAGAAGGUGUUAUGGAAGUGGUUGAUUCUGAGUCAUUUCAGGAAAGGGAUGAACAUGAUGAUUUGGAUGGGGAAAAUUCACCGGAGUCACAAUUGAGCUUGAAAUGCCCUAUGUGCCGAGGAGCCAUUCUUGGAUGGGAGGUUGUAGAAGAUGCCAGAAAAUAUCUUAACCUGAAGAAGCGAAGUUGCUCUCGGGAAUCAUGCUCAUUUUCUGGUAACUACCAGGAGUUGCGCCGGCAUGCCAGGAGAGUUCACCCAACCACCAGACCCUCUGACAUUGACCCGUCUAGAGAACGAGCCUGGCGACACCUUGAGCACCAGAGAGAAUUUGGUGAUGUUGUGAGUGCUAUUCAUUCAGCCAUGCCAGGUGCUGUUGUGGUUGGGGACUAUGUUAUUGAAAAUGGAGAUAGGCUACCAGGUGGAGGGGAAAGUGGUGCAGGUGAAGCUAAUGGGCCUUGGUGGACUACCCUGUUUUUGUUUCAGAUGAUUGGCUCAGCUGACCGUGCUGGAGAACCAAGGGCUCGAUCAAGGGCUUGGACAAGACAUCGGCGGUCAGCAGGUGCUUUAAAUGAACGCCGGUUUCUUUGGGGUGAGAAUUUGUUGGGACUUCAAGAUGAUGAUGAUGAGGAUGAUGAGGAUGAUGAUGAGGACGAUGAUGAUGACAACAUGCCCAUGACUAAUCACAGAGAUUUGUCUCCAAUCCCCAGAAGGCGUCGACGUUUGACACGCUCAAGGUCCGAUGAGGAUCGACCAUGAGAAGUGCUCUUUUUAUCUGUAACUGCAGAAAAUCCGUCAGAUGAGACCGCCUGCUCCAAGAACUGCGGUUUAAGAAUCGCAUCAGCUUGUUAGAACUUAGAAGAGUCUUGAAAAAGAUCAAGCUGAUCGUUGUGAGACAAUGGCGGUGCUAAUUUGAAUGGGAUUCUCUCAAACCCGUGUUCUCUUUACCGGUGGGAGGAAUGAGCCUCUGGUUCUCGUCUAGCAGCCCGAGUCCUCUCUUUCAAACAUGCAGUGGCUGCCAACGGAAGUUGAGCCAUAACUCUUUCACUUUCUGGCCAACACGAGGCCAAAGCUAUCCUGUACAUGCAUGAUGUGGUUAUGAAGUUGAAGUCAGUUCUACUCUAUGCUUAUUUAUAAAUAACAUUAGACAUUGUUUGUAUUGAAAUGUAAAUAGCUUAUGCAUCAACGAAAUUCCAGUUUGUAUAAAGGAUUGAAACUUUCAAACUA